AUUAAUUGGGAAAACCAAUGGCAGGCCCUCAGUGCUGCUCCAACCCGCCCACCCUGGACCCCAGCGCCGGCGCCGGCCAUGUUGUCCAUCUCGGUGGCCUCAGCACCUACGUCGCUGGCUCCCCCGAAUCCAAGCUCGCCGUCCUUUUCCUCUCUGACAUCUUUGGUUAUGAAGCUCCAAACUUGAGGAAGAUUGCAGACGAGGCUGCAGCUGCUGGAUUUUAUGCAGUGCUUCCUGACUUUAUGCAUGGAGAUCCCUUUGCGUUUGACAAACCUGAUAGGCCUCUACCAGUUUGGUUGAAGGAUCAUUCAACGGACAAGGGAUUUGAGGAGGCAAAGACAAUAAUAGAAGCAAUAAAAAGUCAAGGUGUUUCUGCAGUUGGGGCUGUAGGCUAUUGCUGGGGUGGCAAGGUUGUAGCUGAGCUCUCAAAGCAUGAGCAGCUUAUCAAGGCUGGUGUGUCAUUACAUCCUGCUUGGGUAACCGUGGAUGAUAUCAAAGAGGCUAAGGUUCCUACUGCAAUUCUAGGAGCUGAGAUUGAUGAUUUGGCUCCACCAGAACUCUUGAAACAGUUUGAAGAGAUCUUAAAUGCUAAACCAGGGGUGGCUUCGUAUGUUAAGGUAUUUCCGAAAACCGAACAUGGGUGGACCAUUAGGUACAAUGUUGAGGAUGAGGGAGCUGUGAAGUCUGCUGAAGAGGCCAGUCAGAUUCUGUUAGACUGGUGUGUUAAGUAUGUUAAGUAAGAAUUGUCAAGUUAAUUAAAUACUUGUGUGUUACGCCUUGGUUUUAUAUUAUUAUAUGGAACCAAUCAAAUGCUAGUUUUUCCAAGUGGUUGACUAGCAUGUAAGAUUUGAAUACAUUGGUUAUGAAUAAUGGGUGAAACUUGCAUGCUUUAUCUCUAAGUGUACGUUUGAGAGAAAGAGAGGUGUUUGGGUGCUUGGCAAGAUCAUUAAUUCGUCAAUGCUAGUUUUUACAAGUGGUUGACUA